AUGCAACGAAUACAGAGUUGGUUCGACCAGCUCACCAUCAAUCGAAGUUCGCGCCGCGACGCUCGCCGUCGUCGCAAUCAUUCGCGCCAUCCGGACGACGAUCGCCGGAAAGAGAAGAAGGUGCCGGUGAGGGCAGCGUCGCACAGUGUCGCUCGAACACGCGAGUCGAGACCUCUUCCAGUUUCGCUCAACUUUCCGCCACCGCCACCGGUUCCAGUGAAUGGCUCAUUUCCGAGACGAACUAGAAUCCGCACGAACCCAUGGAUCGGCGAUGGCAAAAUGUGGAGCAGCAUGACAACGAGCAUGACAAUGGGCAGAUCAAUGCCUCUUCCGGAAACAUCGAUGCCACAAAGCAAGCCGCCGUCACUAUGUGUAAUCAGUCCCGACACCAGCAUGUGCAGUUCCGGUUACGCUUCACACGACUCGAGUCCGGACACGUCAAUGGUAUGGUCGAAUAGUGGAGAAUGGAAGACUGAUUGGAAGCAUUAUGACAACAUGGAUAAUUCGAAUGUCUAUCAUGAAUUGAUGGUCUCCACGAAAAUGUCGGAGUCAUCGUGUUCUCUGAAUAACGGACGAUUGUCGGUCGGGACGACCCCAAGUCCGAAGCACGAGCAAGCGAGAAUCGAGUCACCGAUCUACGCCGAACCCUGGACACAGUAUCGAAAUCAUCUGCCGACAUCUCGAGCGGCACCAAUGGUCCUGCGCAACUGUGUCUAUCGGCCGGUAUCGCCGAUUUACACACAACCCUAUUCGGAGUCGUAUCAGCAGCCAAGGCCCCCCAGAAGGAAGACGCAAGAAAUCAUCGAUGACGAGUUCCAGAGGAAUGAAUUCCUUCAUGAGCUCGAUAGACAAAUCAUGGAGCUUCAGAUUCGUUCCGAAGAGCUCCGAGAAAUGGUGGAACGCGCUCGCGGUAAUCGCAAAGAAUUCAUAAUUCCAAAAAUGGAAUGUACAUUCGAGUUGGCUAUUUAA